GCUUGGCGCGACCGUCGGGACGGUUCUGUACUACGAGACUCGAAUUCACCUCUCCCUUCUCAACUUUGAAUGAGCCAGAUCUAUCCGGUCUCAUUUCUUCUACUGCUCGGAUAGCUUUGAGCUCGUGUUCUUGUGCUACAACAAAAAAGUCCUUCAAGAAUGAUCUCAAGGUCUGCACUGAACGCCUCAGGCAGGAGAUCCUCGAUACUUCUCCGUAAGGAAGUCCCUUCCAGUUCCAGACUCUUACUUCCCACUACGACUAUCCGUUCUCGACGACUCGCAAGUACUAGUACUGGAAACAGACUCACUUCAUGGGCACAGUCGACCUCCAAAGUCUCGCGAGUAUUUACAGGUCUAAUCCUCCUUGGGGUUGCGUCAACUGCUUAUGGAUUGUAUGAGUUUUACCAAAUGUUCACGAUGUGGCCUCCAGAGGUACGAGGCGACUUGCGUGCCGGUGUUAAAGCGAAACAUCAGGGUGAUUUCGUCAUGAGCGAGAGGUAUCUACGGAGAGCCCUUGAGACUGCACAACAACUCCCUCUAGAACGUCUUUCCCCCGAUCCUCACCUCAAACUAUCCGGUAUAGCAAUAGUCCUAGGAGAGGUUCUCGAAAAAGCCGACCAUCCUCAAGCCGCAUACGAAGUCUACACAUCCGCACUCUCACAACUCCAAAAUACCCAAGGGCUCUCAGGUCCAGAACGCGUCCGUGCGGCUGCUAUCGCCUUCAAACUAGGCGAGAUGGCAGAACUAUACCAACAACCUCCAGAAGAAGAAGAAAAGUGGCUCGUAUACACUGUCGAGGAACUUUUGCGCGUCGUUAGAGACUAUCAGGGCAAUAUUCCGCAUCAACCUGGAGGAGGAGGAGACGAACGGCAGUUGGCUGCUUUGUCUGAAUUGGAGCUCCCGGGUUGGGUUACUAAACAUGACUUGAUCGCACCGUUGGAAACGCUGGGUGCAUUCUAUAAUCGAGUAGGUAAACAAGAGUAUGCCGUCCCGUUGUACCUCUCCGCGCUUUCCAUUCUGACGCCUUCGCGCCGAAACACAGUGGAGGCACGAUGUCAAGGUGCACAUAUCAUGAAUAGUUUGGCUGAUAGCCUAACGCAAGAAGCACCGACGCCUGAUCGCCGUAAACAAGCAGAAGUCUGGAUUCGUAAAGCUUUGGCUGUGAUUCAAGAAGCGAAAGCCGCUGCAAGGGCCGAUGAUGCCAAUGCGCUGCAGCAGUGUGAGCAUACGCUUGCAGCUGCACUUUUCAACUUGGGUUCUCUUCGAGAGAUGGCUGGGGACAACGAGGACGCGCACAAAUGGUACACGGCAAGUCGAAAACAGUCAUCUUCUCUCAAGAUGCGAGAGGGCGUCGUAGAGGCGGGUGUGGCACUUCGUCGAUUGGACAAGCUAAGCAAAUCCUCAAGCGAAGACUCGGGAGUCAUUGACGCAACGAAUGGGAAGCACGUGAAAUAAUAUUAGUGAAUGUCAUAGAUCCCAGCAGCUAUUGAUAUAUCCAGGAAACAAUCACGACCAUGAGUGAUACACGCAAGCACCAGCUGGCAAGGGGGGAAGCAACUAUGAAUGAGAUGAGAGAGACAGAAAGGAAAGGAUGAUAGGUAGUGACUAGUGACUAGUGGGAAGCAAGUGGCGGAGAACAGAGGGAUGUAAAACGGGCUGAUCAUGAAUCCUCGACCUCUUCUACUCGCGCAGAUCUACUCUCCGGCCGUGAAUCUCCUGAGUCUGGCGCGAAUUCGUGUACUUCGGUAUGAGAGCUACCAUUAACAGCGGUAGAUUUGCCUUUC